UUCUGUGUGAGUGCUGGAUGUGUUCGUGCGUUUGUGUUUGAUGUGCGUGUAUGUUUUGCGUUUGUUCGUGUGUGUGUGUUGGUGCACUGUUGUGUGUUUGUUUGUAGGUAGUUGUGCUGCGCACUUGGGUGUGUUUGUACAUUCUUGUACAUUAUUGUGUGUUUGUGUGUGUUGGAUGAGUAUGUUUAAUGUGUGUUUGUUUGUUUGUGUACAUUAUGUUGUUUGUGUGUUUUUGCAUUGUUGUGUGUUUUUGUGCAGGGGGGAUUGCUGCAUGUGUGUGUGUUUGUAUUUUGUGUGUUGUUGUGUUACUUGUUUGUACAUUUGUGUGUGUUUGCAUGUGUUUGUGCAUUGUUGUGUGUUUGCAUGUGUGUCUGUGUCUUGAAUGUGUGUGUUUGUACGUGUGUGUGUGUGUGUGUUUGUGAAUGUUUGUGUGUGUGGAUGUGUUGGAUACCUGUGUUUGUACGUUUGUGUUUUGUGUGUAUGUGCAAGUUGGAGCAUGUUUGUGUUUAUGUGUGUACAUUUGUAUGUGUGUGUUAUUGUGUCUUUGUGCAUUGUUGUCUGUUUACGUGUGUCUGUACAUGUGUGUGUGUCUUUGUGCAUUGUUGUGUGGUUGUGUGUGUUGGAUGAGUUUGUUUGAUGUGUGUUUAUAUGUUUGUGUUUUGCGUCUAUAUGUUUGUGUAUGUGCAUGUUAGAGAAUGUGUGUGUGUGUUUGUGAAUCUUUGUGUGUGUUUGUGCAUCGUUGUGGGUGUGUUUGUGUGUGUGUUAUUACAUUGUUGUGUGUGUGUUCAUCUAGUUGAUUUGACGUGUGCGUUUGUAUGUUUGUGUGUUUUGCGUGUGUUUGUGUACGCGUGCGUUUACAUUCAUUUGAGUGUGCAUGUUUUUGCAAACGUGUAUUUUGUGUGUGUGGUGGAUGUGUGUGUGUUUUAUGUACACGAUGUGUAUUUGUGUGUUUGCGCGUGUGUGUGCGUGUGACAAUCGAGUUUCCCUAACAAGCGACAGUUCUGGCUAAUACGUGCUAAUACAGCGUGGCGUGUUUAUGGUUUGUUACGACCCGCCGCUGUGUCUUUUUAAAGCUCAGGUCAGGCCGUCGCUCUUGACUCCGCGUUCGCGGCGCCCGCGCGAGGACGAGAGCGGGACCGACCCGCUCGAGGAUUUAGGUUGCCGGGGGAUUUGGGCUCGGAGGAUUACCUCGUAAUAGAUCCGCAGGAGGAGGUCGCGCGCAGGAAGUACGGCGUGAAGGACUCGGCAUGGCGCCUCCGUCUGACCGUCCUUUGGUCUUCCUAGGCGCCUACGAUGACUCGGGUCCCGUUUUUGCUGAUGCGCUGACCGUGGUCCGGGUGCCGCCAUGCUGAUCAAGGAGUACCGCAUCCCCAUGCCCAUGAGCGUGGACGAGUACCGCAUAGCUCAGCUCUACAUGAUACAGAAAAAGAGCCGCGAGGAGAGCUGCGGCGAGGGCAGCGGCGUGGAGAUCCUGGAGAACAAACCGUACCGCGACGGGCCCGGAGGCUCGGGCCAGUACACCCACAAAGUCUACCACAUCGGCAAGCACAUCCCGUCGUGGUUCUGCUCCAUCCUGCCGCAGGCCGCCCUGCGCGUGGAGGAGGAGUCGUGGAACGCCUACCCUUACACGCGCACCAGGUACACGUGUCCGUUCGUGGAGAAGUUCUCCAUAGACAUCGAGACGUACUACAUGCCGGACACUGGCGACCAGUCGGACGUCUUCUCGGCUGAGAAGAGACAAAGGACAGUCGACCCCAUCGACAUCGUCAAGGACUACAUCGCUCCCCACGAGUACCUGGCGGAGGAAGACCCCCGCCUGUACCAGUCGCUCAAGACCAGACGAGGUCCGCUGUCCGAGGACUGGAUCGAGGAGAUCGGCCGCACUGCCGGCGAUCGCUCGGUCAUGUGCGCCUACAAGCUGUGCAAAGUGGAGUUCCGAUACUGGGGCAUGCAGUCCAAGAUCGAGCGCUUCAUCCACGACGUGGGCCUGCGGAAAGUGAUGGUGCGAGCCCACCGCCAGGCGUGGUGUUGGCAGGACGAGUGGUACGGCCUGACCAUCGAGGACAUCCGGCUGCUGGAGCUGGAGACCCAGCUGGCCCUCGCCAAGAAGAUGGCCCAGUACAGCCUCGGCGAGGAGGGCGCUUCCGAGACCAACGGCCACCCCGCCGCUCAGGACCGGGACGAGGAGCCGCGCGACGUCGCCGGAUCCGGACCCGCCGCCGAGGCCGAGGUCGGCGGCGCGACGCCGGGCUCGGUGCUGGACAACCGGGGGGAGCUGACCAAGCAGUGGUCCACGUCUUCCAGAUCCUCCAACAGGUCAUCCAAGAGAGGAGGAAGUCCUUCUCAUCACAGCCUGAGCGAGUGGAGGAUGCAGAGCAUCGCGCGAGAAUCCGACGACAGCACGGACGACGAGUUCUUUGACGCGCACGAUGGUUUCUCUGACGGCGAGGAGGCACAGCCCAAGGAGAUCACCAAGUGGAGUUCCAACGACCUGAUGGACAAAAUGGAAACCGUAGAAGCGGACGAGGUUCCAGAGUCGCUGUAUCCCGAGUCGGGCGGGGACUUUGGCCCCAUGACCAACGAGGAGCCACACGCCGAGGCGUCUCGGCAGUGUCUUCAGCCGUCCAAAAUCCACGUGCUGAUUCUGGUCCUGCACGGAGGAAACAUUCUGGACACGGGGGCAGGCGAGCAGAACAGCAAGCAAGGUGACGUCAACACGCUGAGCGGCGCCUUCGAGACGGUGAUGAGGGUGCACUACCCGGCGGCACUGGGCCGCAUCGCCAUCCGCACCGUGCCGUGUCCCGCUGUCUGCGUGGAAGCCUUCUCUCUGGUGUCCAACCUGAGUCCGUACAGCUACGACGAGGGCUGCCUUUCCAGCAGUCAGGAUCACAUCCCGCUGGCCGCGCUGCCUCUCCUCGCCACGUCGGCGCCGCAGUACCAGGACGCGGUAGCCGCGGUCAUCCUCAGAGCCAAUCAGGUCUACACAGACUUCAUCAGGUCCCUGGGAGGAGCCUCCUUCAACGGACAGGUGUGUGUGAUCGGGGACUGCGUCGGAGGCAUCCUGGGCUUUGAUGCUCUUUGCAGUACUUCUGUUCUGGUGUUGGAAAGUCCAAACAGCAGCAGGCGGGGCAGCGCCAUCAGCGUGCAGGACACGGAGCUGCUUUCUCCCGGCAUCGUCAUCAACAGCGCGUCGCCCUCGUCGCCGUCCCUGGAGGGAAGUCGACACCUGAGCCGGAGUAACAUCGACAUCCCUCGGUGCUCGGGGCCCGACGACCCCAAGAAGCAGCUGCCGCGCAAACGCAGCGACUCCUCCACCUACGAGCUCGACACCAUCAAGCACCACCAGGCCUUCUUGUCCAGCCUUCACUCCAGCGUGAUCCACGCGGAGUCCUGCUCGCGGCGCUCCAGCAACAGCACCAUGCUGGAGGGAGGAUCGCUGGGCAAGUUUGACUUUGAGGUGACAGACUUCUUCCUGUUUGGAUCUCCUCUGGGCCUGGUGCUGGCGCUCAGGAAGACUGUGGUGCCCUCGUUGGACGUGACGGCUCUGCGUCCGGCCUGCCAGCAGGUCUACAACCUGUUCCACCCGGCAGACCCGUCAGCCUCGCGCCUGGAGCCUCUCCUGGACAAACGCUUCCACCUGCUGCCCCCCUUCAGCGUCCCGCGCUAUCAGCGCUUUCCCCUGGGGGACGGACACUCGGCUCUCCUGGUGGAGACGGUGCAGGGCAACCCUCAGCUCCUGAUGGAGCCGGCGUUGCAUCGCAGUCAGGAGAUGGGCGUGAACGAGACCUCCAUCCCCGUGCCCGUCCUCAACUGGCCGUCCUCCGUGGAUGGGAGCGCUCACAUUUCGGUGGACGCCGCCUACCCGCCGCCGUCCACGUCUCCUGGUGUCCCUCACAUCCGCUGCCACCGCCGGGCGAGCGAGGCCAGCCUGGCGAGCCAGGUGUCGGGCUUGGCCGAAUCGUAUGCCGCCUCCAACGUCGCCAACAGUAAGUCGGCCUCGGGCCUUCGGUCCCCGCACGUUCCUCGCGCGCUCGCUUGUUUGACGGCUUGUUCCGAACCAAACGUCCCCUCAGCCGGCCGGGUGAAAAAAAGGCUCAGUCUUCUGUCCCAGAUUCCCUACCGUAAACUCGCCUCCCGGACGCCGUCGUCGCGCUCGUGCAGGAAAACCCGCCAGGUGUUCCUGAGAGCCGCCGAGUCGGAAGCAGCCUCGGACGCCGGCUCGGAUGUCACCGCUGACAUUCCAGACAUCAGCUCACCCGGGGCACUAAACAACUUGGCGCAAGUUGCGUCUCGCUGGUGGGGCAGCAAGCGGAUGGACUACGCCCUCUACUGUCCCGAUGCCCUGACGGCGUUCCCCACCGUGGCCCUGCCGCACCUCUUCCACGCCUCCUACUGGGAGUCCACAGACGUGGUGUCCUUCCUGCUCAGACAAGUAAUGAGGCACGAGAACUCCGGAAUUCUGGAGCUAAAUGGCAAAGAAGUGUCAGAGUUCACGCCAUCCAAGCCCAGAGAAAAGUGGCUGCGCAAGCGGACUCAUGUCAAAAUCCGGAAUGUGACGGCCAACCACCGCGUGAACGACGGCGUGUUCACAGAGGACGGCGCCCAGACGGUCACCGGUCGCUUCAUGUACGGCCCGCUGGACAUGGUGACGCUUACGGGAGAGAAGAUCGACAUCCACGUGAUGACGCAGCCCCCCUCGGGCGAGUGGGUCUAUUGCGACACGCAGCUCACCAACAGCAGCGGUCGCGUCUCCUACGCGCUUCCCGACAACAAGCGGCUGGGAAUCGGGGUGUAUCCCGUCAAAAUGGUGGUCAGGGGCGACCACACGUUUGCCGACAGCUACCUCACCGUGGUACCCCGCGGGACCGAGUUUGUGGUGUUCAGCAUCGACGGCUCGUUCGCCGCCAGCGUGUCCAUCAUGGGCAGCGACCCCAAGGUGCGAGCGGGAGCCGUGGAUGUGGUCAGGUACUGGCAGGACCUGGGCUACCUGAUCGUGUACGUGACGGGGCGUCCCGACAUGCAGAAGCAACGCGUGGUGGCGUGGCUGUCGCAGCACAACUUCCCGCACGGCGUGGUCUCCUUCUGCGAGGGCCUGGUUCACGAUCCGCUCCGCCACAAAGCCAACUUCCUCAAGUGCCUCGUCGGCGAGGCCCAGAUGAGGAUCUUCGCUGCCUACGGCUCCAGCAAGGACAUUUCGGUGUACGCCAACGUCGGCCUGCCGCCGUCGCACAUCUACAUCGUGGGAAGACCCACAAAGAAGAUGCAGCACCAGUGUCAGUUCAUUCCGGACGGCUACGCCUCGCACCUGUCCCAGCUGGAGUACAACCGGCAUUCCCGUCCCGCCAAGUCGGCCGGCGCCCGCGUGGUCCUGCGCAAGAGCAGCUUCGGUUUGGGCGCCGCCUCGGGGGACUUCCUGCGCAAGCGCAACCACAUCUUCCGCACCAUUUCGCCGCAGCAGCCCGGCGGCCCGCCGUCCGGCUCCCCCAAGCCGCCGGGCCGGACGGAGCGAACGCAGAGCCAGUGCGAGGCGGAGCGCGGCGUGACGGCGGCGGCCACGGCGCAGCGGAGCAUGAGCGUGGCGGCCGGAUGCUGGGCACGCGGCGGAAGCGCGGGCUUACACGGCCCCAAAUGAGGCGGCACGGCGGGAGCCGCCGUGAUCUCGAAGGAGUGGACUCGAGCCGACUGUGUAGCAUGACUCUUUUACACUAACACUUUUA